GUGUAAGUGGACUACCUGUGGUACUCUCGCUGGGUCAAAUAUCCAACAUGGCGUGCCAUUUACGACGUUUUGAAGGCUUAAUAAGUUCCAUAAAUUUUGCUGCAAGAGUUAUUUCAAUCUCAAAAGGUUUGCCAUCUUUAUCAGGCAUCUCCAUCAACGCAAAAGCUUCAAGAAGAAUCCACACAUCAGGGUAUUUAUGUGGAGGUCGCCCAAAGAGUUUUUGGAGACAAAGACGGCGCCCAGCUGAUACAAGGAUCAACCAAGAACUACCAGAGAAAAUAAAGGAGAGAAAAGCUUACGGUGGACAUACCAAGAUAAAAGCUCUUAGAGUGAACAAAGGAGUCUACACAUUGAAGUCACAAGGUGUUGAGGUAGAGGCACCCAUUCUGAGUGUCAUGCACAGCUUUGCCAACAAAGAGCACAUUGAACGUAAUGUGAUUGUGAAGGGUAGCAUUGUUCAGGUUGAUAACAAGCCUUUUGAGGAUUGGUUUCAGGAAUACCAGCAAAUAAAUGACAACAGUGCUCUCGAAAAUAAGGGUGACACUAAUUCAUAUUCCUGGCUUAAGACAGCACCCAUAUAUGCCAAAGUCACAUCCCGCCCUGGCCAGGAAGGGGAUUGUAAUGGAUACAUCCUUGAAGGCGAAGAACUGAACUCCUUAAUAAGAGAACUCCAAUUGACACCAAGUGGCUCAACAGAACCAGCAACCACCUAAUCUUGACAUAGACACUAAAGCAUUGUACAUUUGGCUAGGAAAUAGUGUGUUAUUUGUGUAUGUCCUUGUAGUGUAUUUUGACAUAGUUGUGUAGUGGUGAAGAGGGUAGGAAAGACAGAGAUGCCUUUGGGUUACAGUGCAACCAGCAAAAUAUGGGAUGUUAGUUGUCUCCUCAUGAAUAACACAAGUUGUUCAUGAGUUAUUCAAGACAACUUAAACUGAGUCUUGUUUUUAUUUAGUUGUUUGAAAACCUUUUGUGUGCUUUUCUGGGAUAUUUUUGCUGUUCAUGAUUUACUGGUCCCAACCAAAUGGUACAGUCUGUGGGCUCUCUCUCUCUCUCUCUCUAAUGUUGAUAAAAAAAGAGGGGACACACAAUCCUAUCACUUAUACAUGAUGUUUGUUUUAUUUCACAUAAUAAACUUUGUAUGAAUAAA